AAAAUCAAAAAAAUCAUAAACGGAAGUUAUAUUAAAAGGGGGCGGGGCUACGUUCAGUUUUGGACAGCGGUUCUAGGAAGACAAGAUGGCCUUGAGAGCUGCGCUCUUAUCGGGCAAGCGUGGAUUAUCGGGUCUGUUGUGUCAGCUGUCCUCCAGCAGCAGUCAUGUCAGAGUGUGUGUGUCUCAGCAGAGGACCAAUUCCACUGCACCUAAAAUCAAAGUGGAUUUUAACCAAACCACAGGUGUGGCAGUGAUGAACAUGCAGAGUCCUCCUGUCAACAGCCUCAGUCUGGACUUCCUCACUGAGCUCUGCAUUGCCGUGGAGAAGCUGGAGAUGGACAAGAGCUGCCGAGGCCUCAUCCUCACCUCGAGUCAGCCCAAGGUGUUCUCAGCCGGCCUGGACAUCAUGGAGAUGUACGGCCAGAGUCCAGAGCGAUGUGCAGAGUUCUGGAGAGCUGUUCAGGAGAUGUGGCUGAAGCUCUACAGCUCCAACAUGGCCGUCAUCGCUGCCAUCAACGGUUCCAGUCCUGCAGGAGGCUGUCUGAUGUCGUUGACAUGUGACUACAGAAUAAUGGCCGACAAUCCUCGCUACAGCAUCGGCCUGAACGAGACCCAGCUGGGGAUCGUGGCCCCGUUCUGGUUCAAGGACUCACUGGUCAACACUGUGGGUCAUCGACACGCUGAGAUGGGCCUGGAGCUGGGCCUGCUCUACAGUCCAUCAGAGGCCCUGAGGAUAGGGUUGGUGGACCAGCUGGUACCUGAAGACCAGGUCCUCUCCACGGCCACACAGACCAUGACCAAGUGGUUGGCUAUUCCAGACCACGCCAGGCACCUGUCCAAGUCCAUGAUGAGGAAGCCCACCGUUGACAAGCUGCUGUCCAGCAGAGAGUCGGACAUCCAGAACUUUGUCAGCUUCAUCACCAAAGACUCCAUCCAGAAGUCUCUGCGCGUGUACCUGGAGAUGCUGAAGAAGAGAAAAGGCUGAAAGAGAGGGAGAGGACGAGAGAGUCUGAGACAGAUGGAACACAAACUACUACACUAAAAUAUUUCCACCCUUGUUUCCAGCCUCAUCAUUUAUAUUCCAAGUUUCCUGAUAAUCCAGGUGAAGUUCUGACUUGUUUGGACGGUGAGUUCUGGUCUUUCUCAGAGGAUCAAAGUAAACCUGGAUCAUCUGGUUCUAACAAACUUGAAGUGUAAACGAUCUUCAUUAGAACUACAUGAACGCAGUAGAACUUAAUGUACGUAAUAAAUGUCAUUAUUGACAGUUUGUUUUUGUUUGUUUGUUUGUAGGAGAAAAGUCGUAAAAUGUUGA